AAGGGGUGUGGCUAUGGGUGCACGUCAGAACAUGGGGGCGUGGCACUAAGGCGCUUUACGCAGCUGCUUGUACAGUAGCUAAUAAGUUUCGGUGUCAUCUGUGCAGAGCGGAGGGGAGCGACGAGUCCGCCAAGUAUUCCUGAAUUACUUUGUAAACACAGAAAAUACUCCAUGGAAUACCACUGGAUAAUCUUACUGCUUCCAGCCUUCUUUGCUCGUAGUCAUGGUUCCUGCGGUGCACCCCCCAGGCUGGACUUUGCAGGGCUGGACCCAGAGUUUAUUGAUAAAGAUAAUUUCCCUCUUGAUGCACGGGUAAACUAUACCUGCCGACCUGGAUUUAUAAAGAUCCCUGGAACCCAAAAUUUUAUAACUUGCUUAAGUGGCUCAACGUGGUCUACUCCUCAAACAUUCUGCCAACGACGACAAUGUCCUAGUCCUACUGAUAUACCAAAUGGAAAAAUGGAAAUUACAGAUACGUUGUUUGGAUCUAGGGUGAACUAUACUUGUGAUCUUGGAUACCGCAUGUUAACGAAAAGGAACUAUAUAGAAUGUCAGGCAGAUGGAACAUGGAGUACUCCGGUCCCCGUAUGUGAAGUCCAGGUGUGUCCCCCCCCAGAUGCAAUUCCAGAUGGAAGGUAUGAUCCAGAUGAAGAGGAGUACAAUUAUCAGGCUGCUAUAAAAUAUUCAUGCCUUAAUAACAAAGCAACACUUAUUGGGGAAUCUACUUUAUCCUGCACGGCCUAUGGAAACUGGAGCUCAGAUCCUCCACGUUGCAAAGUGGUUGAAUGUUUGAAUCCAGAUGUGAAAAAUGCACGAAAAAUAUCUGGGUUUAUUGGACCAUACAUUCUAAAUUCUGCUGUAAGAUUUGAGUGUUUACCUGGUUUUAUCAUGGAUGGAGAACCUUUUGUAAGAUGCAAUGUUAGUGAUCAGUGGGAACCUCCUCUACCUACUUGCCGCAGUAGUGCUACUACUCGCAGUCCAACAACAACAACAAAGGUGAAAGAGACUGAAAAGGAAGGAAUUGUUACUCAGAGUCCAGCAACAACAAAGACGACUAAUACUGUGAGUAACAACUCAAGUCCAGCAACAACCAAGAAGAAAGAGACUGAAACUGGAGAUGGAAGCAACGUUGGUGCUAUUGUGGGAGGAGUGAUCGGUGGAAUUUUUGGAAUUCUUUUAGCAGCAUUUAUUUGUGUGUGGUGGUUUAAGAGAAAAGGUGGUGAUUAUGUAGCUGGAAAGAAGCAUGAUGGUGGCACAUCAGCUAGCCAUCAGACAACUGUAGAGCAUUGUGAUAUGACACAGAUAGAUGCACAGGAAACACAUUAAUUAUUGUCACUAUGUCAGUUAUGGCAUUGUUGAUAAAUAAUGGCUUCUGAAAGUAUGGGAUCUACACAUGUAGCAGAGCUUAUAACCCUUCCUGCAAGCUUGAAGAUAACGCUCCAGUAAAGCUUUGCUCCUUUACAUUUUUCCAGAUAUGCCUUUGAACUGCAUCAUUUAACCCAACCUGGUUGUCUUAAAUGCACAUGAAAACCUGACCACCUCCUGGCUAGGAAGGCCAGAUCAAUGCCCACAGUUGCUCUUCCUUACUUAAGCCUUUUAUGAUUGCAGAAUUUGCACAUGGAAAUGAGUGAAUAUGAAGAUUGUGAACAGACUUUUUUUUUUUUUUUAUUCCCCCCCCCCCCCCGCAUCACUUGAUUCAUCGGUUUAGGAUAUUUAAAAUAAUAGACUGAUAUAUUUUUAUAAAAGAAAAUAACUUUAUUCUGGUUUAUUCUAUAGAGAUUUAAUAGUUCAUUGUUUCUUAAUGGUAUUAUUGUUUGGUGGGGGGGGGGGGGUGGAUACUGGCUUUCUAAAUAAAGUGCCACAUGGACAAUCUGCAUCUCUACAUGAGGGGUAGAUAAAAUAUUGUUGACCUGCAGGAUGGGGAACAACCUACUACAACUUUAGUUGGCAGAAUAAAUUAAUAAAGUACCAGCUUAGAAUUUUUUUUUUUUCAGCAGUGAAUGUUACAUUUUGCAGUGUAUCCCCCUUGUUUUCCAGUUUCCAGACAACAAGAAGCGUUUGUUUGUUUGUUUGUUUUUUUUUUUUUUUGUGUUUUUUUUUUGUUACACAAAUUUUAAACAAAUUUCCUUUUUGGUUAUGAGUUUCUUGAGUACUAAUAUUCAAUGCUUCUAUCAAAAGGUCUAAAUGAUUUUGUAGUGUAUAUUAGGACCAUCCUUUGACAAUUUCCCACUAUAAACUGUUCCCACUGUUAGUUUGCAGUAGGAAUCAAAAAGAUUCUCCUCAUUUUUAAAAUUAUUUAUUGAAGGUUUUUUCUGUAACUUUUUUUUUUACUCCUAUUAAUCAUUAAAAUGCAUUCAUACUUACAUUCUUGAAAUGUUCUUACUGUUUCUUUUAGCCAUAAAUCCACACCAUGUGAAUACAUUGUAUGUUAUAUCAUUUAUGGGAAAGAAGCAGCUUCCUCAGCUUACAGCAGCCUGUAGUUCCUCUCACCGUGCCAGGAAAAAGUACAAUUCGAUCUGUAGCAGAAUUCUGUACCAUACAGCAGAAAUUUUCCACUAUGAAAUUGGCCUGCAGUGUGGAUUGUUAAAUUCUCAGCAUGUCAAUUUCUUUUGCCAAAAGAGUUAAGAUUUGUUGCAUAUUUUCUCCAUUGCACUUUUUUCUGCAUUUGUAGAUUCAGUACUUUUAUAUUACAUCGCUGGUCUAUAGUCACCAGUCUUCAAAAAAGAAGUGUAAUACAUGGUCACAUGUGUCAUUGGAGAUCAGAAAAAUGUUGCCACAGGGAUGUCUGCAUGUCUGCUGUUUUGUUUGUGCUGUCUAUCUGCUGUUUUUUGUUUGUUUUUAGGCAGUCACCUGUAGUGCAGAUUUUCCACUGCAUACUUCUGUUGAUCAUAUUAGUCUCUCACUGGCUGAUUAGAAGGCAAACAAGUGUUCCUAAAAAUGCUUGUUCCCAAUAAUCUGCCCAUGUUAACGGGCCAGCCAGCGAUCAGACCUGUUACUAAACUCUUAUUAAUUGACUAGUACAUCUUUUUGGUCAGCCAAUAAAAUCAUUAUCUGCCAAACAUUUGCGAAUUUAAAGGGCCGUGUGAAUGACCGAACCGCUUAUGCAGCCUGGCCACAGGAUUAAUUGAGCCAUCUGCAGGCUAAACAACUGAGCACCAAUCACAGAUCGGUACACAGAAAGGGCCCUAACGUUGCACUAAAUGGGUCCCACCCACUCUCCUGGCAUGAAAAUAGAAAAAUGUUGAUUUAAAAAAAAGAGCGUAAAAUGAGUGUGUUAAACAAUGGAAUUAGUGUGAGGUUUAGUAUUUAGUACCUACACUUUGUGUAUUUAAGAGUAGUCUGGUAAAAAAUAACUUAUCCCCUAUCCAAGUAUAGGGGAUAAGUUAUAGAUCAUGGGGGGUCCGAGCGCCGGGACCCCCCGUGAUGUUCUGCAAGGGGCCCCGGCAGUUUGACGGAAGCUGACGCCUGUACCCUGCAGGAAGCUGCAGUAAGCACCCCCCCCCAAUGUAUCUCUAUGGGGUACAUGGAGGGGCGUGUCGGCCAGUGGCACGCCUCCCUUCCAGCUGAUUACCGGGACUCCGUGCAGGAGAUCGCGGGAGGUCCCAGCGCUCGGACCCCCCCUGCGAUCUAUAACUUAUCCCGUAUCCUUUGGAUAGGGGAUAAGUUAUAUUUCACGUGACAACUUUAAGCUGUAAGUGUAGACUGCCUAUGUGUAAACCCACACCCACAGAUUAUUUUCAUGCUAAUGUAAAUAUAUAUUUGUAUUUCCUUCCUUCCUUCCUUGUCUCUUCUAUCUCUAAAAUAAGCAGUGAACCAAGAAUAUGAAGCGAAUGUUGUACUAAAGAUAAUUUUAUUUUAUGACGACAAAUAAAUAAAUGUUGCCUGUCAAGA